GUGUCUGCGAAUAAAGACUCCGAAGAAAGCGUGAAAUCUUUCCUGAAGUCACUGACAAGUUCGCUGCGAGACGGAGGUUCCCUUUAUGCCGACGGUAUGACUAGAGCCUUCUCCGGCGCCAUUUCCGGCGGUGGCAGUGGACCAGAUACGAUUGCUCUCAAUGCAGUGAAUCGAAUAAUUGAGAACAUUAUGGCCAGUGGCGACACCAAUAAACGUCUCGUGGAAACCCUCGAGAAGUUGAUCAACCUCCGAGACGUCGUGAAAAAUAGACAACAGCGCAAUGGAAGUCGGGCGAACGCGGAACUGAAUUCAGAACGAGUUGGCAUGGAAAAUGAACGGUCACAAGCACAAGGCCAAAAAUCGGAACCGGCUGUUGCUGAGCGCGACUUCCAUAACAAAAACUGCUUCAAGCUUGGGCAGAUCUGCGGCUUCUAACGAGACUCCUGCUCCGCGCGCGAUACAAAAUACUGCUCAAACGCACCGCUGUGCUGCAUUGGGCUUUCCGGCGGCGGAAAUUUCCUUCUAAGUGACAGUUACGGGAACUGCGUGACGAUCUACGACUCCUACACGUGUGAAGAGGAUGCAGAUGAUGUACAAAGUUUGGCAGCGUUAAGCGGCCGUUGCACCGGACAUGACACAAUUUAUAGACGUAGGCGCCUGCUAGCGCGGUCUGUUGUGUUUUUAUCAUAAGCUCGUUUAACAACACUUUAAACGUUGUUCUUCGCGUGCGUUAGUUUGUUUGGGGAUAUUUCAAGAAGAAUACUGUAUAUGAUUUGUGAUCACUUACUAUUUAAUGUAGA